CCAAAUUCGUUGCGAGGUAUUCGUCUAUGUUGUUUGAUUGAUCCAUGCUAACAUCCCCUUAAUCCCUUCUUUACGUAUUCUAGGUUUCGACUUCCAUCGUCCGUUCAAGGUUCUUACAAUAAGGUUUAGGUACGUAGCUAUAUUUUGGCCGACCUCGAAAAUGCAGUUGCCAAGGUCUGCGGGUUCUUGCUUCAGUGAUAAUCCAUUUCCGAGAACGCAACUACUGUUAAUUCAUAUUCGGGAUUCCUCUCCGGACCUACUCUUUCCUCAUGAUAACCUUUGGCGAUACUUUCGCCAAUAUCUUAGUAUUGACGCAGGUCGACACCGUCGUAAAUCGUCUUUCCCGUCAAACGCUCGCCCCCAUCUAACCUUCACAUGCAUCCUUCACCGAUAAACCUUAACACAGGAAACCAUCACAGCUAACCUCCCCGCUUCAAUGGCGCCCACUAAGAUUUCUAAGCACCCUAAGGGUGCCGACAACCAGAAGCCGCCGGCGCUCGCCACUGUAGCCAAGGCUAAACGAGUUUUGCCCAAGUUUUCUCAUUCCCAGAGAAGCUCUCUGCGCUUAGCUAUCCAGGAGAGUCUUCGUGAAUCAACAGCCGUCGCUACUACUACCCACCUUCCCAGCCCCAUCCCGUCACCGUCGCAGCUAUCGACACCCGCUUCGCCAUCGGAUGCUAGCAUUACACCGCGACGCCGCUCUAUGCGCCAAGCACUCAAGGAAUCGCUGCGUGUCGACACUUCUACCGCCUCUGAAAUCAUUCAUUCGGCUACCCCUUCCCCAACCUCAUCACUAACAUCUUACUCCACAGCGAGUUCGAGUUCGAGUUCAAUUCCAUCAACUCCUUCUACCGUUGCAACUACACCGCGAACGCCUGCCACACCCUUUCCCGCCCCGGUAUUCACCACUGCUGCCUCAACACCGUCGCCUAGCGUGACACCAUCCAAAGCCAGCAGAAAGUCAGCACGACUACUCCACAGAACCCAACACAAGGCCAACGCGGCCAAUGACGAUAGCGAUUCGGACUCGGACCACAAGAAAAAGAGUGAGAGUGCGCAGUAUGCGCGAGUUAACGAUAAGGACCGACCUAAUGUCAACGGAAUCGCCACGCCCUUCAAAGGCUGGUAUCGCAUACGAACCAUUCUCACCGAGACACGUAACCGAAGUGGUGAACUGAUCUAUCUUGUUGACUGGGAAGGCGUCGAUCCGCGAUCCGGUGUCAGUUGGCCUAGCUCUUGGGUCGAGUCGAAGAAUGUCUCCGUCGCCGCAAUUCGCGCAUGGGAGAACCUUAAAUCACAAAACUUGAACAUAAUGGCCUGAGAGAAGCCGGGAUGAGACGGGAUGAUGCAUGCCUACCCAGUACCUACCUAGGUUUGCCUUGCUAUUUAUACGUCCC